AUGAAUUUUAAUUUAAAUUUAGAAUAUCUAAAUAGUGAUCCAAAUUCUAUCAUUGAAUAUUUAACACAAAUAUGGAAAGAGGAUGAAUCAUUAGGAUAUUAUAAAGAAUUUCUUGACGUUUGUUUGAAAAUUGUUGCAGGUACCGAUCAGCCAGAAACAUUUUUCAAAGAAUUAACUGAUAAAAAACUUUUAAAUUUCGGAGCAUGUGAAACUAAAUGGAGUUUCGGUGACUCUGCUUAUAAAUGUAGAACUUGUCAACUUGACCCAACAAGUGCAUUAUGUAUUGCAUGUUUUAAAGAAGGUGAUCAUGAAGGUCAUGAUUAUGCAUUACAAAGUGUUGGAGGUGGAUUUUGUGAUUGUGGUGAUCCAGCAGCAUUUAGACCAAAUGGAUUUUGUAUUAAACAUAAGGAACAAAAGAUAGAUAUUAACAAGUAUCCAGAAAGAUUUAUAUUGGCAUUAAGUUUUGUAAUACAGUUUAUGUUGAAAAGGAUAUAUGUGUUUUAUGAUAAGAAUAAUAGGGUAUUGUUUGAAAUGUUAAUUGAAUGGUUAUUGAAAUUAGCACAACGUGGUGACAUUAUAAAGGUAGUGGUAAUUAAAUACAUUAGUAACACAGACAUUGGUAACACGAAUUUAUUACCACCAUCACCAUUUGCAGUACCAUUGAUUCAAUUGUUCUAUUCACCAGAUUUACACGAAUCAGUAUCACGUUCAAUGAAAGAGACAAUCGCCAACUUUUGUGUGUUUUUACGUGGUUCAGUGGAAUUUAUCGAGUCGUUCAUAUCAUUGAUGUUACCAAUUUACAAGAAAUGUAUCAUCGAAUGUAAGAAACAUAUCCUUUUAUCAUCAUUUAGUAUAUUUUCAUCGACUGCAGUGGGUCCAUUACUAUUGUCAACCAACGCCGCUGAGAUCGUGAUGGAUACUAUCACAGAGUAUUUUAGUAAACAUUUUUAUAUUAGAGAUGAAUUCAUUUCACCAUCAUCAUCAGAUUCAAAGUCAAAGAAAAAGAGAUCAUUACGUUUCAAAGAUCCUUACCUUUAUCCACAAUUUAAACAAUUGACAAAAUUACAUGAAACACCUUUAGCCACCCAAGUAUUACGUACCGAUAUCUCUUUUAUACUUGGUAAUCAACCCGUUGCAAAGAGUGUCGUUGAGUCUAAACAUCUUCUUUCCCUUUGGAUCAAUAUGAUUGCAAUCGCUCAAGGUAUGAAUCCAAAUGUUAAAUAUAAGAUCACCUCCCCUGAUGAUUGGUCACCUGCUUUCAAUGUUGAUUUCUCCUUUAGUAAUACCAUUUUCUCCAUAGUAAAUUCAAUAUCACAAGAUAAAUUAUCAUUGGAUCAAAUUUUAUUAUUCUCAACUCAAUAUCUUGGUAAAUGGAUUUUAGGUUGGUUAGAAUAUAGAAAUAAUUAUCAAGUUGAAAAAUUAAAAAGAUUAGAAGAAAAAGAAAAAGAAGAAAAAGAAAAAGAAGAAAAAGAAAAAGAAAUUGAUUCAAAAGAAUUAAAAACAACAACUACUACUACUACUAAUACUACACAACAACAACAACAACAACAACAACAACAACAACAACAACAACAACAACAACAACAAUCAAUACCACAUUAUUUAACAAAUAUUAAACAAUUAUUAUCAUUACAUUUAAAACGUGAAGGAUUUUCAUUCCAUUUACCAUUACAUAGAUUAGUAUCAGCUAUUUUAUUUAAAUGUUUAAAUAAUGUUGAAUUAGCAAAACAGUAUAAAGAUGAUGGUGGUUUGAAAUCAUUGUUUACUCAAAUCAUUGGUUCAGAUUCAUUGAUUAGCAUUUCAGAUUAUGCAAGAGGUACAACUUAUCAUCCAUUCAAGAUCAUUGCCUCUUUAGGUGAAAUUAAAUCUGGUAUGUGGAGAUCACAUGGUAGAGAAGAGGAUAUGACAUUACAAACUGUCGUUUAUCAAAGUUUACAUUAUCAAAAGUAUUUCGAUUUAGAUAUUUUCUUAAUUCAAAUCGGUGCUGCAAUUAUGGGUUCAAAUCAAUUCAUUCAACAUGCUAUCAAUAUCUAUAAUCUUGAAGAUUGGUUUGAAAUUGAACCUUUUAAUGGUUCAUUAAAUAAAUCAACUGAGGGCACUCCUACUACCACCUCAUCACAACCACCUUCAACUCCUUCAAAACAAACUUCAUUACGUAAUAGUGCUGGUACUGUACCAACCACUCCUUCUCAAUCUUCUUCAACUAUAGUUCCAACUUUAGAUACAAUUGGUGAAACUACCACUACUACUACCACCACAGCAACAACUACCACCACCACUGAUGGUAUAAUUACAGAACCAAAAAAAGAAACUAAAGAAGAGAAAAAAAUUAGAAAAGAAAAACAAAAGAUUCAAGAAGAUUUACAAAAGAGAAAAGGUUUAGCAGAGGAUUUCUUACAAAAUGUUAUUAUGUUUUCAACAAAUAAAUUAAUGUGUGGUAUGACAGAGGAUCAAGUAAUUAGAAAGGAGUUAAUUCAUAGAUUAUGUUUAGGUGAUAAUACUCAUAGUCAAUUGACAAGAGCAAUCAAGAAGAAAUUGGUUAAUCAUGAAAACUUUGAAACUAUAUUAAAGGAAAUUUCAGUCUACCAUCAACCACAAAAGACCGAACAAGGUAAAUAUCAAUUACGUGAGCAAUGUUGGUCAGAGUUUGAUCCAUACUUUUCACAUUACAACACUCAAGAUUUACAAACUGCCGAAGAGAGAUACUCUGAAUUUCAAUCCAAAACCAAGUCAAAUAUCGCUCGUGGUACCUAUAUAAAUUAUCAAACUUCACCUUGUUUCGAAGAGAUUGAUCAAUUACUUUGCUCAAAGACUUUACAUCAAAUCGUUUUCACUAUCUUACAAAACCAAUUGGUGGAUGGUGCAAAAUCAACUGAUACCAUAUUCACCCAUUGUUUACACGCUUUGGAGUUAUGUAUCAAUCAAACUUUGGCCAAUCCAGAGUUGAAGGCUGAAGCUAUCAGCUCUGCAAUCGUGGUUCAAACACCUUCAAAACAAACACCAUUGGUUAAACCAUCUUCUGCAACUCCACCAACUUCAAUUCCAAAGAAUUAUUCAGAGAUUGAAUUACCAUCUAAAAAGAAUAUCUUUUUGAAUGCUUUUGUCGAUGUUCCAGUUUCAGAGCAAAAGAGAUUCUCUUUGAUCAUUUUAUUGGUAAAACUUACAACCUCUCAACAAAUCAAUGCCGAUCAUAAACAACAAAUUCAAAAUAUCAUUAACAUCUUGAUGGAGAAUAAUGUCAAUUGUAAACAAACCAUUGAAAAUUAUUGGGCUGCAAUUAAAGCAAAGAAACAACCACAAUCUGCACGUAAAGAGGAUCCAGAGGAAGAAAAGAAACGUUUAGCUCGUGCUAGACAAGCAGCGAUUUUAGCUCAAAUGAAAACUCAACAAUCUGCUUUCAAAUUUGAAGAUGGUGAAGAUGAUGAAGAUUACGAAGAUGAUUAUGAAGAUGCUAGCACAAAAGGUUCAUCAGCUAGCGCAGCACAUAAAGAUAAAAAACAAAAACAAAAAGAAUCAAAUGCAUUGGUUGUUGAUGGUCAUGAAUCCAUUACAACUUGUGCACUUUGUCGUGAACCAGGUUCAUUGGAUCGUCCAAUGGGUAGAGUUGCUUUCAUUCAACCAUCUUCAAUCAUUAUGUUAUCAAAAUUAACACCUGAAGAAAGAAAGAAACGUAUGACUGAAGCAAUAAUGAAAGAACUUUAUCAAGGUGUAAAAGGUAGAGAAACUAUAAUUUCAAAUAAUGAUAAUAUAAUUAAUUUAAAUAAUAAUAAUAAUAAUAAUAAUAAUAAUAAUAAUGUUAACAACAAUAAUAAUAAUAAUAAUAAUAAUAACAAUAAUAAUGUAAAUAGUAUUAAUAACAAUAUUGGAGGUAUUCCAAUUGUAAAUAAUGGUAAUGAUGGUGGUGUUAAUGGUUUAACAGAUUAUAUUCAUCCAGAUAUGGAUGAAAUGGAUGGUGAUGAUAUGGGUGAUGUUGAUAUGGGUGGUAUGGCAGUUGAGGAUGAUGGAGAGGAUGAUAGUGAGGAUGAAGUAAAUAAAGCUAUCUCUUUCCUUAAUCGUGUUUCACAUUCAAAUGAUUUCAUGGGUGGAUUUGGUGAUUUCGAAGAUGGUAUGGGUAUGGAUAUUGAAGGUGGUGAUGAUGAUGAUGAUGACGAUGAUGACGCCGAAGAUGAUGAUAUGAUGAUGGGUGAAUUGGGUGGAGUUCGUCACCAUCACCACCAUCAUCAUGGUGAGGAAGAUGAAGAUGGUGAAGAAGAUGAAGAUGGUGAAGAAGAUGAAGGAUCAGAUUCAGAUUCAGAUUUGGAUUUAGAAGAUUUAAAUGGUUCCGACGAUUCAGAUGAUGAAUUUGAUUUUGGUGAUGAAGAAGGAUCUGAUGAAUAUAUUUUAGAAGACGGUAUGCCACGUUUACGUAGAUUGGCCGGUACAAGUACUCAACAAGGAACUACUAGUACUAAUAACACCACUGCAACAUCAACCAAUGAUAUAGCUCAAACUUUAUUGAGAGCUCUAGAAAGAAUACCAACAGGUACAGGAAAUGUUAAUAGUCGUAAUAUCAUUAGCCAAUUAACAACUCAAUUAUCACAAGGUAACGCAAGAGUACACAUUCAAGCAAGAGAUAACAAUGGUAGAGCAUUUUCAGAGAUUAAUUUUGAUCAACUUCUUAGCCAAUUAAAUAAUCAAACAAAUGUUCCAAUCUCUGUUCAUGAUAAUGGUCGUAAUAGAGCAUCUGUAACUCUUCAAUUAAAUUCAACUCCUCCAACUACAACUACCACCACAGCAACUUCACCAGCAACAACAACAACUACAACAACUACUACAGCAACAGCACCAAAACCAAAUGAUAAUGGUGGUAGUGAUGAUGAGGAUUCAGAUGAUAUGGGUGAUAUUGAUGGGGAUGAUGAAGAUGACUUAUUUGGAGAUGACGAUGAUUUCUUCUUUGAUGAUGAUGAAGCAAACGAUGAUGUUUUCCUUAAAUUUGAUGCAGCAACUGAACCAGUCACAGGUAAACCAUGGUCAAAUAAAUUUAGUAAACAAGAAAUCUUUAGAAACAUUGAGGAAUCAGUAAACCUUAAUUUAUCAUUCUGUGGUCAUCAAAUUCAUGAAAGUUGUUUCUCUGAAUACUCUUGGUCAUUGUUAAAGAAUAAUGAAGGUGUUGAAUAUGUCGAUCCAGAAAAGAAUGAAUUCCUUUGUGUAUUAUGCCGUAGAAUUGGUAAUGCGAUCGUACCAGUUGUACCAGAUUCAGGAUUUUGUUCACACGAACAUACCGCAUCACCACAACCAAUCAUCACACCAGCAAUGGCAAGAAAUAAUAAGAAUAAAGAUGUUCAAUGUUAUUCCGAAUUUUAUCAAGCAUUGGGUAAUAGAUUAAUGGGUAAAGAUGAAGAGCAUAAAAAAGCAUUGGAUGCUCCAAACCCACAACCAUUAAGAAAUAUUAGACAAGCAAUCGAUCAAUUCUCAUCCAGAGUCUAUGGUGUUAGAUAUGAUUUGAAUUUCUAUAAAUCAAAAUCUGAUGCAACCGUCAUACCAUUCCUUUGUUCAUCUUUAGCUUCAACCAUUGCAAGCACUGAACUUUCAAUUCGUGUUCAUGAUCCAGAACAACAACAACAACAGCAACAACAACAACAACAAUCAAGUCUUUAUCCAUUAUUCUCAAUGAGUGAUUCAAAUCGUGUUGACCUUCGUUCACUCUUUAGAUAUAUGAUUGUUCAUUCACAUAUGUAUCCAUCAUUGGCAUAUCAAGGUCAAUUACUUUGGAAAUCAAUAUCUGGUUCACAACAUACUCAAUUAUUACCAACUGAAGAGGAGUUGGAAGAAAUUGAAAGAAAAGAAAAUGAAGAAAAAGAAAAACUUUCAAAAGCAAAACUUGAUCAAAAAGAAAAAGAGAAAGAAAGAGAGAAAGAAAAAGAAAAGAAUGAGAGAGAAAGAACUCAAAAACUUUAUCCAGAGGUUUAUGAUCAAGGUGUUUAUGGUGAGGCAUUCCCACCAUUACUUUCAUUAGAUCUUUUCAAUACUUUUAUUCAAGUGUUUUUAAGAUACUCUGAUACUAAUCUUUCAUUGAAUGUUGAGAAAUUCUAUAUGGUAGCAAGAAUGUUUUAUGAUGCAUCAAUUACUCAAUCGAUUUUACAACAUUUCAAAACCACCGAUACUACUUUCACCACCGAUGAUACCUAUGUAUCAACCAUUAACAAUUUAAUCACAACAACCUAUGAAACAGUAACACCAAUCUUAUCAAUUCCACCAGUUCAUUUGACUGCAAUUAAAACUAAUUCUCUAAUCUUUUUAAGAAGAUUAUCAAUCUUUUUGUUUAGUUGUUUAAAGAUUGAUCCAAUCUCUUCAAAUCAAACUACAUUGGAUGGUGAAAUCGAUUAUUUAGUUGAUUAUUUAAAUUUACCAUCAUUUGAUCAACAUUGUUUAUCAGUUUUAAAUGCUAUCACUUCUCAUACUGAAAAUAUUGUACCAUUGGUUUCAACUUGGACUGAACAAAUAUUAUUUAUUUCUGCUAUUACUUCAAGUGUUGAAGAUUCAAAAAAUAAUGUUGAAGAUUUAUCAAAUAAUAAUAAUAAUAAUAAUAAUAAUAAUAAUAAUAAUAAUACAACUACUACAACAACUACUACUACAACUUCACCAAAUGAUAAUCAAACUGUAGUUUCUUCACCAAUAAAACAAUCAAUUUUACCAAAUCCAUCAAUUCCAAAUCCAUUCCUAUUAAUUCAAUUACCAGAACAAUACAAUAUUGUAUCACAAUAUUAUUCAUCAAUUCCAUGCCUUCAAUGUAAAACCAUUUCAAAUAAUCAAGCACUUUGUUUGGUUUGUGGUACAUUAUGUUGUUUGGGUGGUUGUUGUAAGAGAUUCUUUGAUCAAAAGAGUGAAGCUGUUUUACAUGCUGAAAAAUGUAAUGCUGGAACUGGUAUUUUCUUACUUAUCAAAACUAGUUCAACUUUAUUAAUUCAUUUACCAAGAAAAACUUUAUGGAUUUCUCCUUAUCUUGAUGAUCAUGGUGAGGAAGAUCCAAACUUAAGAAGAGGUAGACCAUUACUUUUAAAUGCUAAUCGUUAUAGUCAAUUAAAUUCAUUACUCGUUAAACAUCAAAUCGAUCAAGACUCAAAGAUUGCAGAAAUGUCUCAAAGAUAA